CCCAUCGAUCGCCAUGAGCUUAUCGGACUCGCGAUCUGAUCCGAAAAGUGGAAACAAAGUGAAGAUAAAUUAAUUAGCAAUUAGCCAGUGUAAAUAGACUGUUGUCAGCCGACUAGCCGACUAGCAGAAGCAGCUGAGCUGAUAGUUCCGCUUUUGCCCCGCUCCGCGUGGAACCAAAAUAAACAAGCGAGUGAAAGGGGUGGAGAGGCGGUGGAGAAAGGGGAGGCAGAGGCAGGGCCAGGUGCUGUGGAGAGGGGGGAGCGGACAACGAGGCAGAAACAAAAGCACAAAACGGCGGACAGAACCAGUCGAAACAAAACAACAAACCGGAGCGGACGCACUCGAAAAGCGAAUAAAAUUUAUUUCUGUGCUUAGUGCGAGACUGUGUGUGUGCAUGUGCGGUUGUGUGUCUCGUGUAUAUUUAAACAAUAUUUAAAAAUCAUCCGCCAGACGAAAGACCGAAUAACGAUAAACGAAAAGCGAAGAUCUCCCCCAGCCGCCACAGCGAAGCGGAGCAGACAGAUAAAUAAAAACAGAAUCCGAGACAAAAACAACGCGACUGUGACGCGGCAAGGUGCUGGAGGUCACUCGGCCCAUUUCGCAUAGCACUGUAUAGAAGCAGUAGCCGUAGCAGUAGCACCACCCCCCGUUAACCAGUUCCAGUUCCAUCCGCCCGCAAACAGCACGCGCGAUCUGAAAACACAAAAAAAAAAAAACUAAAAUAACUACAACAAAAAACAAUAGCAAACUCACGCGCUUCAUCGUUUUAUUGGCCGCCCUCUCGACUGAUAAACGUCAGUUGAUAAAUAUAUAUCGCAUCACACUAAAACAAACACACCAGCAAACAAACACCAAUUAUUCCAAUAAAGCCAGCGCCAAGUGCGAAUGCGCCCUCGAUUUGUAUGCCAUCAGCAGCACUCGGUUGCCCAUUCCCAAACCCAUUCCCAUUCCCACUUCCACCACCAUCCACAUCCCAAUCCCCACUCACAUCCCCAUCACAUUUACGGCGCCACUGACGUCAGUUAUCGGCGUUAUCGCACCGCCAGCAUGGUGGUGGCCGAGGGAGUUACGGACUCCGGAUCGGGGAUCGGAGUGGGGCACUUCAACGAGACCCCCUUAUCCGAACUGGGCAUUGAGACCCGCACGCAACUAUCCCGCAUGCUGAACCGCAAGAAGGUGCUGCGAUCCGAGGAGGGCUACCAGCGGGACUGGCGGGGCAUCUCGGAGCUGGCCAAGCAGAAGGGAUUCGUCGACGAGAACGCCAACAAUCCUAUGGAUCUGGUGCUGAUCAGCUGGAGCCAGCGGAGCCCACAGACCGCCAAGGUGGGGCAUCUUGAGAACUUCCUCGGCAUCAUCGAUCGAUGGGACGUCUGCGACGACAUCCAGGAGAAUCUGGCCAAGGACACCCAACGCUUUAAUAUCAAACAGGAGCAGCGACAGACCUCUCUGGUGGAGGCGUGUCCGCCGCCCCCCAGCGAUUGUUUCGAGACCAAUAACAACUACAGCAGCAACAACAACAUCACAGUGGGCCAAAGUGUCCAGAUCCUGAGCGAAGAAGAUCAGAGAUGUGUGCAGAUGGGGCAACCGCUGCCCAGAUAUAAUGCCUGUGUUUUGUAUGCCGAGGCAGACAUCGAUCAUGCCACCGAGAUCAUGAAUAAUCUAGAGUCCGAGCGAUACAAUCUCAGGCUUUUCCUGCGCCACCGCGACAUGCUAAUGGGCGUUCCCUUCGAGCAUGUCCAACUCUCCCACUUCAUGGCCACCCGCUGUAAUCACCUGAUCGUCGUGCUCACAGAGGAGUUUCUUCGGAGUCCGGAGAACACGUACCUCGUGAACUUCACCCAGAAGAUACAAAUCGAGAAUCACACUCGCAAGAUCAUACCGAUUCUGUACAAGCCAGAUAUGCACAUACCCCAGACCCUGGGCAUCUAUACGCACAUCAAGUACGCCGGGGACUCCAAGUUGUUCAACUUCUGGGAUAAGUUGGCGCGUUCGCUGCACGAUCUGGACGCCUAUUCUAUCUACUCGACGCGACAGGUGCAAACACCCUCACCAGUGGAGGAAUCGACUCCUCAGCGGGUAACGACGCCCAGCAUUCGGAUACAGAUCAACGACAAGGAUGUCACCGAUAUGCCCAACUACAACAACUAUAAAGUGGCGGACGCGGAGACCACAAUUGUGUCGGUUUCCGGGGAUACCGGAUCACCUCUGCCGGAGCACAAACCUAAGAAAAAGGAUCGAUUCCUGCGCAGAAUCACGCACAGUUUUGCAAAGACGCCGAAGAACGAUGGCGGCAGUGCGAAGACCCUGCGACAUGCCCACUCCGUCAGCACCAUAAAUGUUACGGAACGGGAAAGGACACUCAGUGCCAGCAGCUCCAAUAUCUCCACCACGUCGGAGAGCAAGAAGAGCUUCAUCAAGUGGCAGCCGAAUAUCCUGAAGAAGGCCCUAUUCUCCCGAUCCAGCAACAAGCUGCAGACGCCGGGUUGAGAUCUUAGUGUUAGGAUAGCCAUUAGUUUGAUUCCUUGAUUCCUCGUCGUGUGCCCAGUCUAGUUACGGCCGGCCAUAUAGUCGCCUAGCCAACGUCGUCACCAUCCACGCUUAGUGAUAAUCGCUAGCCUAAUCCCUAUCAAAGUCAACUAACUUAAUAUACUUAGACGCACUUGUUAACUUAUGUAAGACAACAACGAAUAAAGACAAUACCACAUAUCCGCACAAAUGUAUCACAAAGCACACGGACGACCGAAAACGAUACGAAAUGCUAUAUGUAUAUGACUGUAGGUUUGAUAAACAGACAAAUUGGCAAUUGCGUUGAGUGAGGUUAAAUGCGCGACACUGCUAAUCGAAGCCCUCAAUUAACUGUUAGUCACGCGUUCGAUAAGUGACUUACUUAAUUAAAUUAUCUCAGUUGCUGUUCUCACAACUCAGAACUCACAGCUCAGACCCCAACUGAGAUGAGUAAUGACCAAAUGACCAUAUGACCAUAUAAACUAUACGUAUUAUUGCAUUGUGCGAGCAGUGCUUUAUCACUUUGUAAAUUGCUCAAGCGGCUCUAAACGAUUGCUAGCAAUAAGUAAACUGUUUGUUUUGGGUACCGCCUCGGGCAGGUUCUCCCAUGUGAUUAGCUUUACCGUUACCAAUUGUUACUGAUUACUGAUUACUUAGAAUGCGUGCCCAUAUGCCUGAUGUGCACUGAACACACACUUCAUACAAAGCAAAGCAAAGAUUAUCAAUACAGUUCAGAUACGUAAUCACAUAAAACAAAAUGCCACAAGGCAUCGACUUUUUUUUGAUGUAUUGAAAGUCUUUCGACAGUGCGUUUCAAAAUCAUAAGGGGUCGACAACCAUAUUAUGUUUAAGUAUCAAGCAGAGACAUAAAUAAAAACGGGCUAUAAAACGCUCAAUGUCGGGCGUCGAUCGCUAGAAUUUCGACCUUCGCGCCACGCGUCAUUUAUGGUUAUGAAACGCACCGUAACCACAUCGGAAAUGAGCCAGCUCCAGUUGAGCGGCAAUAAACUGUUCAAUGUUUGGCUCAAUAAUUUAUUGUUGGAUGUAGACAACCUUUAGUUCGUUCAUGUUUAAUAAACAUUGCAGUUGAUGUGUGAAUCCCCCGUAUAUUUACAUACAGUCGUUCGCAUACAUACAUAUUGAGUGGAAAUGUUUAUCGCGAUCAGUUCCGGUUAAUCUACAAGACAGUUCGAAUCGGUUUAAAUUUUUGUAUUUUUUUUGUUUUAUUUAUUUUCUGUUUUUUAUUGUUUAAAUCGUUUAAUGUUUUAAUAAUAGCUCCUCGCUCACAUUCCUCACUUCGCGUCUUCCUGCGCCUAAUUUCGCUCUCUGUGUGUUACAAUUUACACUGUGAACAAAUUUGUUUUCUUUUAGCCUUACUGCUCCGUGCGACUUGAGCUUGUUCUUUAAACUUUGUUUUUUUUCUUUUCUUGUUUUUGUUACUUUUUAAUUGAAUUUAUGUUUUUUGUUUUUGUUUUGUUGUUUCUCUGCUCAAUGUUGUUUUUAUGUGAGUGUGUGUAUUUAUAUAUAUCGAUUUAUAUAUGUUAUUAAUUUUAAUCUGUCGUUUGUUAUCCGCUUAGCUUUGUUUUCCUUUGUUAGAGUUAUUUUAAUGAUUUCAUUAUCGUUUAACAAAAUUAAUAAAAACAGUUUGUAAUUUGUUUGCUCUUUGUUGUAUGUAUAUGUUAAUUGAUCAAUUUAUUCGUAAUUCGCAAUAUUAAAACAAUGUAACGCAUGAUGUUGCAUCUUCUGCCUUGA